CCAGAAGAUGCUUCAGUGGUGAUACCUCUUUCACAAUGCAAGUUAUGAAUGAAAUUCAUUAACCACCAUCCCCUUCCUCACCCUGAUCUCUGAUAGACUUCCUGUAACGCUUGGAAGAAAGGGUCAGGGGAGAAGGGUUGAAGGUCACCAUGAAGCUAAAGCAGCGAGUUGUGCUGUUGGCCAUCCUCCUUGUCAUCUUCAUUUUCACAAAAGUUUUCCUCAUUGACAACUUGGACACCUCAGCUGCCAACCGGGAGGACCAGCGCGCCUUUCACCGUAUGAUGGCCAGCCUCCGUGUGGAACUGGACCCCCGACUUGACCACACGUUGCAGUCCCCUUGGGAGAUUGCUGCCCAAUGGGUGGUGCCCCGGGAGGUGUAUCCUGAGGAGACGCCCGAGCUAGGGGCUGUUAUGCAUGCCAUGACAACAAAGAAAAUAAUAAAAGCUGAUGUGGGAUACAAAGGGACCCAGCUGAAAGCUUUGCUAAUACUUGAAGGAGGACAGAAAGUUGUCUUCAAACCCAAGAGAUAUGCCAGGGAUUAUGUAGUGGAAGGAGAACCGUAUGCUGGCUACGACAGACACAACGCAGAAGUGGCAGCCUUUCACUUGGAUAGAAUUCUGGGUUUCCGACGAGCUCCACUGGUGGUUGGCAGGUUUGUGAAUCUACGUACAGAGAUCAAACCAGUAGCCACAGAGCAGCUUCUGGGUACCUUCAUGACUGUGGGUAAUAACACUUGUUUCUAUGGGAAGUGCUACUAUUGUCGGGAAACGGAACCAGCUUGUGCAGACGGGCUUCAGAAGCAUCGGCACCCAUGGGGUAGGACUUACCGUGAAGGCAAGCUUGCCAGGUGGGAGUAUGACGAAAGCUAUUGUGAUGCUGUGAAGAAGACUUCACCCUAUGACUCGGGCCCCCGUCUCCUUGAUAUCAUUGACACUGCCAUCUUUGACUAUUUGAUUGGGAAUGCUGACCGGCAUCACUAUGAGAGUUUCCAGGAUGAUGAAGGAGCCAGUAUGCUCAUCCUCUUGGAUAAUGCCAAAAGCUUUGGAAACCCUGCCCUGGAUGAAAGAAGCAUCUUGGCUCCUCUUUAUCAGUGCUGCAUCAUCCGGGUUUCUACCUGGAACAGACUCAAUUACCUGAAGAAUGGAGUACUGAAGUCUGCCUUAAAAACUGCUAUGUCGCAUGACCCCAUCUCACCAGUGCUUUCUGACCCUCAUCUGGAUGCCCUAGACCAGCGGCUUCUCAGCAUUCUGGCUACAGUGAAGCAGUGCACAGACCAGUUUGGGCCAGACGUUGUGCUGGUGGAAGACAGGAUGACACUGUCUCAUUUGUAAUUGUAGUGGAACACAGAUGAAACUCCUUUUUUUAAAAAAAAAAAAAAGAACAAACGAACAAACACACAAAAAAGCGAUAGAAAAACAGCACAAUCAGUUCAGAAAGGCUGUGGCCAAGAUGGACUGAAAUGAACAGGAAAGCUUCCGAGCCAGAGAAACAGAGGUGACACUGGCUUUUGCCUUGGGCUGACAGCAGUGAGAGGUGGGAAGUUGGAGCCUUGGAUGGCUCAGUGCCCAUAAGGGCAUCUUGGCCGUUGUGGUGUGUCCAUUGCCGGCAGUGGACAUGGCACUGGAUAAAAGUGGCUCUUGGUGUUGGUGGAAGUGUGUGGAACACAGACACUAAUUGGUGGACUGAAUCUAGAAGGGACAAAUGGAGAUGAACAGUACCAUCCCCUCCCCUUCUCUUCCCUACAUACACUCUUGCGAGUUUUUUUGUCUGAUUCAGGGUUGUACAUAAUCAGCUGGGAGCUGGUUAGGCGUUUUACUGCUUCUUUAGAGAAAGAGGAAGUGGUGAAUAAAAUAAUUAUUAGAUUGAAGAGUCG